AUGCCGGCGAUUGAGAACCUUGGUGCGACCACGCGCACGUCUCCACUAUGGUCACCUGAUAAGGUCACUGUCAUCUUUGUGCUUGGUGGGCCUGGCGCCGGCAAGGGCACGCAAUGCAGCAAGCUGGUGUCCGACUAUGGCUUCAAGCAUCUGAGCGCUGGAGAUCUGCUGCGCGAGGAGCAGGACAGGCCCGGUAGCGAGUUUGGCGAGAUGAUCAAGACGUAUAUCAAGGAGGGUACUAUCGUGCCAAUGGAGGUGACGAUUCAAUUGCUGGAAAAUGCCAUGAAGAAGGCUAUGGAAGAGGAGAAGAAGAGCACGUUCUUGAUCGACGGCUUCCCUCGCAAACUCGAUCAAGCCCACGCCUUUGAGCGCUCCGUCGUACCCUCAAAGUUCACCCUCUUCUUCGAUGCUCCCGAAGAUGUCAUGCUGGAGCGUCUUCUCGACCGCGGCAAAACUUCUGGUCGGGCAGAUGAUAACAUCGAAUCGAUCAAGAAGCGAUUCCGCACUUUCGUCGAAACGAGCAUGCCUGUUGUUGACGAGUUCGAGAGCCAGAAGAGGGUGAUCAAGGUGAAUGCUACGCAGACGCCAGACGAGGUAUACCGGGAUGUGCAGGCUAGGCUGAAGGAGUGGGGUAUUGAGCCGAUUACGCUCAAGUUCGUACAGACUGACGCGUAG